AUGCUCGCCCUCCGCCUGACCCCUCGCACUCUCCCGCUCCGCCGCCUGCCCAUCCUCCUCCAGACCCGGACGCGCCACGACGACAACCGCUCCCGCGACCCGCAGAUCGGGCUCACCACCCCAGUCCCCAGCGAUGCACCCGACGUCCGCAGCACCAGCCCCUUCUACUUCGAAGCUGGCUGGGCAGGCUGGGCCAAACGACCUACUCGACCCUUCCCUCCGCCUUUCUUCUCCCCGCCGAGCGGCUCCUUCUCAGAUCCGCUGUCUACGCACAACCGCGCCCAGGAUCGCCGGCCCAAAGUCAAUGGACAGAUGAUCCGAGGCGUCACGAAUGGGGACGAUGCGUUACUAGCAAGCCCGAGCUUGGUCGGGGUAAAUGAUGGGGUCGGCGCAUGGGGACAGAAGGAGAGGGGAUGCGCGCCGCUCUGGAGUCGACUGAUUAUGCAUUUCUGGGCAAUAGCAGCGGAGGGCGAUGAGUAUGGCGGAGGGAAGAGCGAGCCAGAUCCGGUGAAAUACCUGGACGAGGCGUACAACCAUACGAAAGAGGCGCUUAGUGAGCCGAACGAGUGGUUGGGGACGACGACGGCUUGCUCGGCGCUGCUUCAUUACACGGAGGACGGAGAUGCGAAGCCAAUUGCCUUGAUCACGCAGCUGGGCGACUCAAAGUGCCUAGUCGUCCGCGCGACAGCGCCAGAUGCAGAGCACAGGAGCGAGAUCAUCUUCGGCACAGAAGAGCAAUGGCAUUACUUCGACUGCCCACGACAGCUCGGCACGAACUCACCAGACGAGCCUCUGGUCAACGCCGUGCUCUCCAAGAUCGAGAUCCAGGAAGACGACAUCGUCCUGGCCAUGUCCGACGGCGUGACGGACAACCUCUGGGAAGAGGAGAUCGCCGACACGGCUGUGGACACGCUCAAAGCAUGGCGGGAUGGAGAUAAGGGCAAGCUGGAUGAGGGCAUGCGUCAUGUCGCGCAGGAGAUUGUGUUAGCUGCGCGGAAGAUUGCCGAAGAUCCCUUCGCCGCAAGUCCGUUCAUGGAACGUGGGGUGGACGAGGGGCUGGCGAUCGAGGGCGAGAUGGGAACGAUAAAGGGUGAGAGUUCUGAAAGAAUUGGAGACUGGAAACAUACUACGCACUCGGAUCAAGACGAGACACUUGAUACGGGUCCCCAAUAG